GAACAUGGUGAAGUAGAAAGACCACCCAUGAAAAACGUUAGUAGAGUAAACUACUGCGAAAAUGAGUUAUACACGGUAGACAAAAGAAAGCAACAAGUACAACCCGAUAUCCCUGAGAAAAGGCCUAAAUUACGACCAGAACCGGAGUGGGAAAAUAGACUUCG